CGUAGUAAUGGCCUUCUUCUUAACAACUUCUUCGCAGUCGCACAUCCUUCUCAGCCAAAUUACGUUGCCGAAAUUUACGGUUCAACCGCUGGUAUCACAGACGAUAGCAACCACAACAUUUCCGGAACAAAUAUAGUUGACCUUCUUGAAGCUAAAGGUGUCUCUUGGAAAGCUUAUAUGGAAGACUAUCCUGGUAACUGUUACCUUGGUGCUACUGCUCCUUCUGGCCAACAUUUAUACGCAAGAAAGCAUAAUCCUUUCAUUUCAAUGGAUACCAUAAGAACAAAUUCCACUCGUUGUGCGAAAAUAGUUCCUGGUACCCAACUUGAUACUGAUAUAAAUAAUAAUCAAGUACCACAAUUUGUCUAUUAUACACCAAAUCAAAAUAAUGAUGGUCAUGACACUGGUGUAGCAUUUGCGAACAAUUGGUUCUCAGGUUGGCUUGAACCAAAGCUUACUAAACCAGCAUUUACAAACAAUACAUUAAUCUUUGUCACUUUUGAUGAAGAUGAUAAUUCUCAAGCCAAUCACAUUUAUAGCGCUCUUCUUGGUACUCCUGUUCAUCCUCCAGCCA